AUGACACACAUAAAAUUUGGCGAUAUGAAAGUGUUGCAUACGCCUAAGUUGUGCUUGAUUGUUUGGAAAGAUAAGAAAGUCGUGAGCCUGCUUACAACUCAUGAGUGCCCUGUCAUGAUGACAACUGGUAAGUUGAACCGCCGUACAGAAGAAUAUCAAGAAAAGCCAAAUGUGGUAAUCUCCUACAACAAUAAUAUGGGUGGAGUGGAUUUAUCCGAUCAAAUUAUACAUCUCUACGAACUACUACGCAAGACUGUGAAAUGGUAUCGCAAGGUGUUUUUCCACUUCCUGGACAUGGCUACUUUCAGUGCGAGCGUUGUAUACAAUUCUUUUCACCCUGAAAAAAAGAUGAAAAAGAAUCAGCUCGAUUUUCGACUCGCAUUAGUUGAUGAACUCCUCAAAGAACAUUGUAACCAAAAAACUAAAACUACAUGCAAAGCUUUCUCUCAGCCCUCUCCUCACAUGGAACGACUAGGAUAG